UACCUCCUCAAGUUUCAUUUCCAAUGGACGAGAACACGAAGUUUGUCGGCGCCGCCGGCGUCUGCGUCGACGCCCUCAGCUCCCUCUUUCUCCGUUUUCUCUCCGAUGGUCCGCGCUUAUUUCUCUUCUCCUCCGGCGACGGCGGUCGGAUCCUCCGCCGCUUUCUCUUCUGCUCCCUCCACAUCCUUUUCUCGAUCCUCUCCCUUCUCCUCUCUCGCCUUGCUUCCUUUGUACCUCCCUCCCCUCCUCUACCUCGCACCUCCGCUCCGCCGCUCCCGCUCCCUUCCACAUCCGAUUCCACGAGCGCCGGCCGCGCCCUCUCGCGCGUCCUCUCCGCCGUGUCGCUCGUUCCCGUCGCGUCCCGUAAAUACGACCUCGUCCGCUCCAUCGCGGAACGCAUCCUCGACGGGAAUCUCGUCGGUGGCUCGGACGAGCUCCAGGAGCUCAACCGCUCCUCCCUGGCCGCCGCGUUCUCUAGGUCGAUCGCCCUCCUCGAGGCCGCCGUCGAGGCGGAGGCGUCUCCGGCAUCGGUGGAUGGAGGAAAGAUCAUGGAAGCGCUGGGAGCGCUGAGGUCGAGAGUGAGGAGGUGGGCCGCGCCGGCGGGAGAUGGGAGGUUCGGCGCGUCUGCGGAGAAGCUAGCGGCGGAGACACUGUGGCUUGGGCAGAAGAUGGCAGAGAGCGGCGUCGCCUCAGAGGCGGUGGCAUCGUGGGGCUCGGCGUCACGGCUCGGAGCGCUCGCCAUCUCCGCCGAGCCGCGGCUUCAAGUCGGGCUCGUUCGGGUUUGCGUAUUUUUGUUCAAGCACACCAACUCCAAGGAAUUGGAGCGAGAUGAUGGGAAAGAUACCACAACCUCUCGAUUGCCGAUGUUGAAGACUUGGCUGCCGUUACUUUGCCAUGCAUGCUGCGGAGUUGACAGUUCCAUACUAAGCAUUCGAGAGAAGGCAGAUAUGGUCAGCAUAUUGGAGGAAAUGAUCGAGAAACUUACUUGGGAGGAGCAAGAAGAUGUUUUAUCUCAAUGGCUUCAUCACUUUAUCUGUGCUGAUUCUGACUGGCCUAACCUUGAAUCAUGCUACAUGCGCUGGUACUCCGAAUCUCGAAAGCUCCCUCUAAAAUGACAUCGUACCUUGUUCAAUAGAACUACUACAUAUUGUCUAUAGCGAUUCACUUGGAAGAUCGUCCCCUUUAGACAAACAAAUAUUACUAGUGGGUACCGGUCAACUGGUGUUAGCUUGUGUAUUUAUAUUGUCCUAUGAUGACAGGCAAUAUCAGGUUAUAAUCUUUUCAAAUAUGAACUUACUGUUUAAAGGUUCAAUAUGUUUACCAUUCUUCUA